AUGGAUUCGGCUCCCAUAACAGUGCAUUGGCACGAAGGGAACCAACCGGUCUACUCUGCUGAUUUCCAAAAUCCAUCGGACGGCUUUGCAAGGUUGGCGACAGGAGGUGGUGAUAAUAAUGUUCGAAUUUGGAGAAUGGAUAUUGAUGACCGAGAAUGUGAUGCUUUGAAAACGAGUAUACACUACUUGUCAACACUUCGAAAACACACCCAGGCAGUUAACGCUGUGCGCUUCGACCCAAGUGGCUAUAUGCUAGCUAGUGCGAGUGACGAUGGCCUACUCAUAGUUUGGGGUUUAUCGGAUGAGAUUGUUCAGGACUUCGGCGUGCAAGAUGAUGAUAUGAAAGAGACUUGGAAAGUGAGAAAGAUCUUUCAUACUCACUCAGAAAUCUAUGAUAUAGCAUGGUCGCCUGAUUCUAACUAUAUUGCAGCUGGCUCAAUGGAUAAUGCUGUACGUGUCUUUAAUAUCAAAACUGAGAAAAAAGACCUCGAGUUUUUGGAUCAUGGACAUUGUGUUCAGGGAGUUGCAUGGGACCCCCUUAACAAAUACUUUGCUACACAGAGUGCCGACAGGUCUUUGCACAUUUAUCAGCUUAAGCAUCAUGAGUUGAAUAGCACAACCCGGUUACAAGUGGGUGAUAUUCAAGGGUGCCUCGAGCUUAAUAUUUGCCGUUCAGAUUUUCUGAGGGUAACUGAUCAUCACAGCGCCAUAAGUCCCAACUCGGGGUGCCUUCUUGGUAUGAAUGCGGAUGCAUCAAAUGACUCUGUGAACCUGACCACUUCUGUACAAUCUCCUGCUCCAUCACUCAAAGCAGAAUCAAGAACCGCGAGUCACAAUGGUAGCAGCAAGAGAACGUUUUACCUCUACCAUUCAGAAGCAUUACAAUCAUUUUUCAGGCGUCUCACGUUUUCUCCUGAUGGGAGUCUCUUGUUGACAGUGCUGGGACUCUAUAGAAAGGACAAUAAAAAUGACGAGGAAGAUGUUUCAGAUGCUCUCGUCAACACAGUCUACAUUUAUACUCGCGCGGGCUUCAGUCAACUGCCAGUGUGUUCACUAUCUGGAUUCACCAAACCUACCGUUGCUAUAAAAUUUAGUCCAAUUAUUUAUGAGUUGGAUAAGGAAUGUUCGCGAUCAAUAUUUGAUCUUCCCCAUAAAAUGCUAUUUGCAGUUGCCACAUUAGAUACAGUGAUUGUGUAUACCACUCAAAGGAUCGAACCCCUUGGCAUACUGAAAAACUUGCAUUAUUCAACUAUUACAGAUUUGGCUUGGAGUUCAGAUGGCAAAAGCAUCAUCGUGUCGUCUGCUGAUGGCUUUUGCUCAGUGAUCAGGGUGGAUCAUCUGCUACUUGGAACUCCUCUAGCUACGUGA